AUGUCUCUACCCAAAAUCCAAAUAGAAGAGGCUCCAGACAGCACAGAUACUGGCUCUGGAGGUGCUGCUCCUCCUGAUGACCACCUAAGGAGCCUGAAGGCGCUGACGGAGAAGUUGAAACUGGAAACCAGGCGGCCGUCUUAUUUGGAGUGGAAAGCCAAGCUGGAGGAGCAGGCAUGGAAGAGCCCCCAACCCACGGGAGAGGAGGAGGAGGAGGAGGCAUCUGAGGCCAAAAAGGCCAUGGGAGAGACUGUCCCCUUGAGGAAGGUGCAGCUGCACCUCAAUGGGAGCCCUGCCCAGGACAAGGUGACUCUUACCUCAGGGAGGAUAGGUGGCUUCGAGAGCAUUGACGAAGCUUUGACGUGGCUCAGGAAGGAACUGGCAGAAAUGCGCCUGCAGGACCAGCAGCUGGCGAGGCAGCUCAUGCGGCUCCGCAGCGACAUCAACAAGCUGAAGAUCGAGCAGACCUGCCACCUCCACCAGCGCAUGCUCAACGACGCCACUUACGAGCUGGAGGAGAGGGACGAGCUCUCCGACCUCUUCUGUGACUUCCCCCUGGUGAACUCCUUCAGCCUCUCCACGCCGCUCAAGCUCAUUGGAGUCACCAAGAUGAACAUCAACUCCCGCCGGUUCUCGCUGUGUUGAAGUGGGGGAAGAAGAGGGAAGGUUGGGGAAG